CAGGAAAUACUUGGUGAAUCUGAAGAACUUAAAUCAUCACAUAAAGAUAUGAGGCGCUCUCAAAAUCAAUCGUCACAUUCCUUAGGGAAGUACACCAACCCUCGGCGGAGGCCAUACAGGCCAAAUUGGAUAACUUAGUUAAGCAACAAAACGAAUUAAACGACUCUCUGAAAGAAAAGGAUAGUCAGGUUGGUCGUGAUUUGGAUGAAAUAGAGGCCAUUUUCCAUAAAAUCUCUGCUUUACAAGAUAAAUUCAACAGUUUAUUGGAGGAAAUCCACGCUGUACAUGCAUUUGAUGAGAACAUUGUACAAACAGAAAGCAAACUCACAGAAUUGGAGCAACAAGUUUUGGCCACAGUUAAGGAAGCACAAAGUUUAAUCAAGCACACCAAGGAAACAUAUUUAAAGAAACAAAAUCUAAUACCCAGUGAUAUAGAUCAGGAAUUUACGGCAUUGGAACUACUAUCCGAACGUGUACAGGGCAAUAUGGAAACGAAACAGAAAGAAUUCAAACGCGCCAAAACUGUACGUACAGACUAUUUGGCGGGCGUAGAUGAGAUACAAAGAUGGCUAAUGCAAGCCGAAAUGGAGGUACAAGAUCGUACCUUGGCACCGGCACAAAUGAAAGAACUAUUGCAUCGUAUUAAUCAAGAGAUAACCGGCAUAUAUGAACGUUUUACCAUGGUCAAAACCAACGGACAACUGAUCAUUGACAAUUGUCGCAAUAGUGAGGAGAAACUUUUGGUACAGACCACCAUAGAUCAAUUGGCUCAGCAGUUGGGUCAAGUACGCUCCUGGUUAGAUGAAAAGAAACAACAAGUGGGUGAUAGUUUAGAUGCCUGGUCUAGAUUUAUGAAUCUCUAUCAGAUUGUUAUGUCUUGGGUGGCCGAUAAACGUCUCUUCCUGGAACAGACUAUUGAAUUGAAAACCUUGCCUGAAGCCCGCACUAAACUAAAUGAUUAUGUAGUGGCUGUGAAGAGUAUUAAACCGAUUGUUAAGAAUUUAAGCGAAAUGGAUAAGGAAUUGGAACACAUUAGUCAGGUAACAACAGUGGGUGAUCUCAAGGAUAAAUUGCAAGAAGCAGAAGAGGCCAAAUUAACAGUGGAAGCUGUCUUAUUAGAAAGGAAUGCCUUAUUGCAAGAAGCUUGUGAAGAAUGGGAUCAAUGUGAACGUAAAAUUAAGGACAUACGCAGCUGGAUAGAAAAGACCAAACAAUCUAUGGAAUCACCACAACAUAAAAAGAAACCGCUAAGAGAUCAAUUGGGCUAUUCGGAAAAAACCAUGGGCGAUAUUAAUGUACAGAAAACUAAAUUAAGACUGUCUAUAGAAAAGUUAGAGGUACAUUUCAAGAAUGGCAUGGGUGGUGAUCCACGCUUAAGUGAAAAUGUUGAUGAAUUAUUAAAGGAAUUGGAUGGUUUGGCGGUAUUAGUGAAAACUAAAUGCUCUAGCCUAGAAGAGACCCUACAACAAAUCGAUAUAUAUCAACAGCAAAUGCAAACCUUAAGGCAAAAGAUCAUACAAGAAGAACAACAAUUGAGACUGGUAAUGGCACCCACCUAUUUGCCGCACGAACGUGAACGUGCUAUGGCCGAACAACAGGCAUGUCGGGAACGUGUAAAGAAUCUGCACUCAAAAAUAACCGCUCGUAAUGAACGUAUUAAGCUAAUGAUACAUCGUGGCACGCCCGAUGAAACUGUAUUAGAGUUAUAGACCCUUUUAUUUUUCUUUAUUUUGGAACACCUCUCGUAUUCUUUUUGUUUUCAUUUAGUUUUAAGUCCUUAAUAAUAAGCAGCAGCAGCCACCGCUAAAUACAAAGCAGUUUUGGUUUUAUACUAAAUUUCAAAAAAAAAAAAAAAAAAAAAAAUUUCAUAAAAAUUUAUUUA